AUGCCUCUCCCCCUCUCUUAUCCUGGCCUUAAAUGUGUUCUUGAAAACUUGGAGGCAGUGAAGCGUGCACAUAUCAUUGGUCGCUCUCCGGGUCUUCAAAAAAUUGAUAAAUUGAUCCCACUAUGUUUGGAGAAUCUCUGUAUUGACAGUGAUGAAGUGACUAUCAACAAAUUAACAAUUGAAUGUGAUAACGAUGGAGUGAAAUUUGAAAUGCAUGGAAAAACGUUCAGCCGGAAGGGAUUAGACAGCCAGGAAGAAGCAAUCAAAAACAUUUUAAAAUAUUUUAUCUGUAAAAAAGGAAUUACACGUGUGGACAAGUUGGAUUGGUGUUACAGUUUGUUCCCAGAUGUCUCGGAGGCUCUCGAUAUCAAUUUCAGAGUGAACUUUUUGUUUGCACCGUCGCGUCACAACUUUGAAACUGCAGUUCAUUUCAUAGACCCUAGUAGUUUUCCUCUGAAAAAUGUGAUCACUGCCCCUGAUACCUCAACCUUUGACGAACAAAUUGUGAAGUUCGCGGAAACCCUUAAUCUGAAUAUCAUUAUUGAUCGGAUUGUCACUGUUGAAGAUCUUAAGAAGCUGAACAACAAGAUUGUGGUAUUUCAAUGCGUUCUCUACCCUAAAAUUGAAAUGGUUCCAUUGAUCAAGUAUCAUGUCGAAACUAAAAAAGUGGUUGAGACCACUUUCAUAAUUGCAACAUAUAGAAAAGAUGCUAUCAAUGAUAUGUUACGCGAGUUUGAACUUGUAUUUGGUGAUUUCAGAUGCGAUUUGGAUAACGUUAAUGAGAGAUUCAUUCCCGGAUCGUCUAAAUACUUGAUCCCAAUUAACAACGAGUCUAAAAUCCAGGUGUACGCAAUCGAGGUUCCAGAAGAAAGUGGUCGAUUGAAAAUUGUGGUGAAACCAGUCUCGGGAUUAUGA